GCAGGUAAUCUCCAGACACAUUUACGUCGACAUUCUGGUGAAAAGCCAUACAUUUGUGAAAUCUGUGGGAAAAGAUUUGCUGCUUCUGGUGAUGUUCAGCGCCAUAUUAUUAUUCAUUCUGGAGAAAAGCCUCAUCUGUGUGAUAUCUGUGGCAGAGGAUUCAGUAACUUCAGUAAUUUAAAGGAGCACAAAAAGACCCAUACAGCAGAUAAAGUAUUCACCUGUGAUGAAUGUGGGAAGUCAUUCAACAUGCAACGAAAAUUAGUAAAGCACAGAAUUAGGCAUACUGGAGAGAGACCGUACAGCUGUUCAGCAUGUGGGAAAUGUUUUGCAGGCUCUGGUGACCUGCGUAGACAUGUGAGGACUCACACAGGAGAAAAACCCUAUACCUGUGAAACUUGUAACAAAUGCUUCACUCGCUCUGCUGUCCUACGGCGGCACAAGAAAAUGCAUUGUAAAGCCACUGAUGAAAGUCCAAACACUCUAGAUGAAUUUUCUCAAGGGAUUGAAACUUCUGACCUUGACAAAUCUCAGAGGUCUGACUCUUUUGGCCAAGAAAUGUCUGUUACAUUGUUACCAGUGUCUGUUAAAUUUCCCAUUCGUCCAACUGCAAAUUCAACUGAAUAUGAUGGUUCUGCAGAUUCUUACUGUAAGUUGCGAUCAAUGAUUCAACACCAUGACUCAGCAAACCAACGGAAACUGAAUGUGGAUUCUGCUAAGCUCCCAAAAGCUCAGACACAGCAAACUCCUCCACCACCACCAUAUGCUUAUGCAGAUGUAGAUGUAUCUUCUGCAGAAGAACCCUUACAGUCUGAUAAUGCUCCCAUGAUUCGUUCCUCUAUGGUUAGCUUGGACAGUCAUUGUAAUGAUCCGCUAAGCAGUCGAACAUCAUCUGCUGCUUACAAGAAUAAUGAAGGACCAUUCUUCUCCAGCAUGACCCUCUGGGGUUUAGCCAUGAAGACCUUGCAGAAUGAAAGCGAAUUGGAACAAUGAGGGCUCAGGUGACUGUAUUAAAAUUUCUUAGAG